CCAAGGGGGGAAGCGGCGAGUCAACAUGGAGCUUUCAGCGGUGGGGGAGCGGGUGUUCGCGGCCGAAGCCCUCCUGAAGCGGCGCAUACGGAAAGGACGCAUGGAAUACCUCGUGAAAUGGAAGGGCUGGUCGCAGAAGUACAGCACCUGGGAACCUGAAGAAAACAUCCUGGAUGCUCGCCUGCUCGCAGCCUUUGAGGAAAGGGAACGAGAGAUGGAGCUCUAUGGCCCCAAAAAGCGAGGACCCAAACCCAAAACCUUCCUGCUCAAGGCCCAGGCCAAGGCAAAGGCCAAAACUUACGAGUUCCGAAGUGACUCUGCCCGAGGCAUUCGGAUCCCCUAUCCUGGCCGCUCACCCCAAGAACUGGCCUCUACUUCCCGGGCCCGUGAGGGCCUUCGGAACAUGGGUCUUUCCCCACCGGGGAGCAGCAGCACCUGCCGAGUGGAGCCCCCUCGGGACCGUGAUCGGGAACGGGAUCGAGAGAGGGAGAGGGAACGAGAGCGUGAACGGGGUGCUAGCCGCGCAGACGACAAACCCAGCUCUCCAGGUGACAGCUCCAAGAAGCGAGGACCCAAGCCCCGGAAAGAGCUCCUGGACCCCUCACAAAGGCCCUUGGGAGAACCCAGUGAUGGCCUUGGAGAUUACCUCAAGGGCAGGAAGCUGGACGACACUGCUUCCGGGGCAGGAAAGUUCCCAGCUGGCCACAGUGUGAUCCAGCUGGCUCGAAGGCAGGACUCGGACCUGGCCCAGUGCGGUGUGGCCAGCCCCAGCCCGGCUGAGGCCACGGGCAAGCUGGCUGUGGACACCUUUCCAGCCAGGGUCAUAAAGCACAGGGCCGCCUUCCUGGAGGCCAAAGGCCAGGGCACCCUGGACCCUGGUGGCCCCCGGGGCCGGCAUGGCUCAGGCACCCCCAGCUCUGUGGGGGGCUUGUAUCGGGACAUGGGGGCCCAAGGGGGAAGGCCCUCCCUCAUCGCCAGGAUCCCAGUGGCCAGAAUCCUGGGGGACCCAGAGGAAGAAUCCUGGAGCCCCUCUCUGACCAACUUGGAGAAGGUGGUGGUCACCGACGUGACCUCAAACUUUUUGACUGUCACAAUUAAGGAAAGUAACACGGACCAAGGCUUUUUUAAAGAGAAAAGAUGAAUUGCUGGGUGGGUGAUCCCAGGACAAGAGAGCAGGAGAGAGAGUGAGAGUGCAAACUUGGCAUAAUGCUUUUUAUUUCUGGGUGGGAGGUGGCCUUCUGGCUGGUCCUGUCCCAUCCGUACCUUCACAUAACCCCCUUCCUUUCAUCCCUCCCCCUCAGUUUUGGUUGGAAAGA